AAGUAUGGCGUAGCUAUUGGUAGAAUUUCAACAAUCGUGUAACUUUCGAAACGACACAGACACCAACGUGUUGAAGUAUUUUUGAAACGACCAGGACAAACGGUUUGCGAACAAAAGAAGCUAGACGUGUAGACGUGGAGAACAUCGGGACAUGACAUUUUACCUAUAUUACAUGCAAAAUUCCCAUGUAACCACAAAAUGUUAUUGACGGUCAAAUUUCUGAGGACACGUCAAGUCAGAAACGUUGCUUCUUAAGGCUAAUAAGAUGAACCCCGCGUGUAAACAAUAUUCGACCGACAUAAUCGGUCUCAAAAGACCCACGGCUUUAGACAAGCUCUUCGAUUCGAUUCCUAAGCCUAAAGGCGCGGUACCAGAAUUUGGACUACCAAAAUGGAAAGUAAUGCCGUUAGAGUCGAAAAUCCCAAUGGUUCCCGGACCGGAGGGUGUUUACAAUUUCACGCGUCGUAAACUUGGCGAGGAACUAUGGAUCUCCACACCGGAUGCGGAGUUUAAUUUAAGCGAUCCAUACGGCUACGAGAUACAAUGGACUUACGACUCCCUCCACGAUAAACAUUUGCUUCCUCACUUCUCCAAACCGAAUAUCAUUCGGCAUUUGAUCAAAUCUGGCUUCGUUACUAAAAAUUUAGACGCAAAAUGUUCUCUGAAAGAUUACAAUAUGUACAGAAGGUAUCUAAGAAGACUGCACUGUGAUAGCAUAAAGAAGGAAUUGAAUAGAAGAACGAAACAAUCCAUCGAGGAGAGAGCGAUCUUGUAUGCUCAAGAGCAGGCUGAGAAAGAAGUGAAGAGAUUGAGAGAAAGGGAAAGAUUAAUGGAGUUACGAAAGUCCGCGAUCACGCAAAGCAAGAUGACUGAGAAAAUGAAGCUGCAAAAGCAGAAAGAGAAACAAAGGAAAAUUGAUGAAAGGUUACAAGCAUUGGCUCAGAAAAAGAAAGAAACUCAACAAAUGCGGUAUAUUAAAAGCAAAGCUCAUGCAGAAAUAAUUCAGCAGAAACAAAUAGCAGCAACAGAUAUUCGAAGGCAAAAGAUAAUUCAAACUCUUUUGGAAUGGAACAGGAAGGAACGUAUACGAAAGAAAAUGCUAGAAACGCGAUUAGCGCACGAACGAGAAGAAAAACGCAAGAUCGUAGAACUGAAGUAUAUAUGA